UGAAAAUGGCCGAUAAAUUGUCGGCACCCAUGUCUGAGUGCGAUCUGUGUUUUAAACCGGAUAGGGACAUGUUUUCUUUCACAUUUAGCAAGCAUGUAGAUUGCGACAUUGUAAGGAAUGUAGUGAGCAUAAACUUUCCUGCGGGAAAUUCUAUCAAACGCUGUUGUAGAUGUUGUUGGCGAAAGUUACAUCAAUUCGCUUCAGUCAGGAGAACAGUUACAAGAAGACAUGAAGUGACUGUGACUGGAAAUCAAAAGCGAAUUAAAACCCCAGACAAAAGUAGCACAGUAACACCAAAGUCUAAAAGGAUGAAGUCAGUAUCUGCUAUGAGAUUGAGUGCAUUACCACACGAUCAAAAACAAAUUGGAAAGACACCACAAAAAAGACCUACUGUGGUAGAGGGACUUAUGAAUAGCCUUGAAAAAAUGAAGCCUUCUCCACAACGAAGAACAGCAGUCAUUGAGAGGCUGAUGAGUAGUAUUGAAAAAUUAAAAUUAGAACUUUGUAACUGGAAACCAAAGAAAUGUCUUGCAUUGGAAUUCAUAGGAUACUUUAUUGAUGAACAGAGGUUAGAAUUGUUGAUUUCUUUUGAGUGUCAUUUUUGUGAAACAUAGUGAUUGCAACUUAAGUUUCAUAAACAUGAUACUUUUGAGAUUCUUCACUCAACACGUUCCUUUGAAGUUCUUAAGAGCUAAAACUUGUGGAAGUCAGGGAGAAAAGGUGACUACAUCAAGAUCAGAUGUCCCUGAUGAUGCUAAAGAGAAGAUUAUUCUGGAACUUGAUGCAGCAAUUUCCCAGAUGGUAGGAAAAAACAUAAGUGUGCUCAGUCAAAAGGAUCCGAACAUUUUAUCAGUAGAAACUAUCUUUGACCAGGCUUAUCGUGAACUUGAAUUGAACAUUCCUUUCUUGUUCAACCUGCUAAGUGCUUUACUUGGUGACAGUGGCAACAAGAAAGCCUCAGUUGUGAUGAUAUAUAGCAUGAUUCUUCACAGUCGAAACAACAAAAUAUCUGCAGUACAACGACUGAUGACAAUCCUUGCUGUAAGAUGUCAUGCGGACAACAAGCUUCUGAGCAGACUAAACAAAAUGCAUAUUACAACAUCUGCUCAAAGCAAAGCAAAUAUUAUUGCUGAAUGCUCUGAACAAUGUGAGCAAAGUGUGAUCAAGGCGAUACAUGAUGGCAAAGAUGGAAAGUUCAAUGGAGACAAUGUGGACAUUUUUGUUCAAACCAAUGACAUUCGCAUGGAGAACAAGUCCAAGGAUUACCACUUCUUUGCUAGUGAUUUUACCCCAUACAGAAUAACGGAUAGUGAUUUCCAAGAAACUGAAUAUCUUGUGAAUUACAUGAAGGAGAAACGAAAUAUUGUCAUAAACAUUGAACGAUUUAAACCUGAUGUAGACAUGUUUAAACACAACAUCAAAAUCUUGAUUGCCCGGCAACUAAUUGAACACCCUGAUUUCAAAUGGAUGGAAAUAGCUGUACCAAAGCACAUACAGUUUCCUCUUCAGGAUGUCAUGUCUCGAAAAACAACAUCAUUUGUAUUGCCUGUUAUGUUGAAGAACGAAAUGAAAUAUGAGGACUGUGUUCAAAUUAUGGAUGGUUACGAAAAAUAUCUUCAGGAAUGGUAUUCAAAAGCUGGUAGAUCUGAUGAUCUGAACAGUCUCAUGGUUCCAGUUGGGGGUGAUCAAUUGACCCGAGUUAGACUUGAUGGGGCAAAGAGUUUGAGAGCAGGUGCACAUACAAGGGCAGAACGGUUUGAGAACCUGUGUCCUGUUUUGGUUGAGAUGUUUCAUAUGCAGAUGGAUUUUCUUGAGAAAACCAUUAUGAAGUUUUUUAAGAAGUCAUCUGGCAGAGAUGUUGGGACCCUGUCUAAUAUUAAGAUACACAUCCAAAGGACAAACGUAAACGGCAAUGUUAAAAGUCGUUUUAAGGCACAUGAGGACUUUGUUCUUCUUGUUGGAAAGGCGUACAUACAAGAAGCUGCUGUUGAGUACUUUGGUAUGCAGGAUUUUGAAAGUUCUCCAACUCGCAAUAUUCCAGAUGGGGAUAUCAGUCGCAGUCACCUUCCUAAAAGGUUGCAGGAAUUUAACAAGACAAUGGAUGGGCUAAUGAACCUUUUGUGUGGUCCGUUAAGUUUUGAUGAAGUUGGAAACAAUGCUAAAGUGCCUGUUAUGAUUGGUGGUCACUGUGUUGAAUUGCCUGUUCAAAACGGAAACAUUGUAGUCAGCGUACAACUACGGGGACAACUAUCGAAGAUCACGAUACCAUUAAAAAUGGUUCAGAAUCAUUCACAUGUGAACAUUGUUGUUGGCGAAACCCCACUGCAAUUGUCUUUGGUGAAGGAAGAUCAGCUCCAAAAUUACAUACUUAAUUUCCUGCAGUACUAUUUUGUGAUGCUUAACUUGAAAGACUCUAUACGAGAAGGCGACAUCUUUCGACUUAGCAACAACCUUAAAAUGACAAUGCCUUUCUUCUUUAGUCAUUCAAAUAUGUCAAAAUACUUUGUUGAAUGUAUAGACUAUAUUUUAAAAACAGAAAUUGUAAUGCCACCAAAAUUGGCCAUUCAAGCAAGAACUGCUGCUUUUGUGAACCGAAAAGGAAAACCAGGGAAAAAUAAAGCAGCCGACAUGGAAAAGGAAAACCAAGUGAAGGACAUUAAGGAUCUCAUUCGUGGACUUGGCGCCAACAAAACUGAAAAAUCCAUUGUUAAAGUAACGGCUGCAGCACCAGUAAUAAAAAACAUUGUAAGUAAUGUUGACAAUCAAAUCGGUUUUGUAGACAAAACCUCUGCGCAUAAGAAACGCAGUAAAAUUGAUGAUAUGCGGACUGUUUCUAAAAUCUUAAGAAAAGUUAGGCCAUUACAUAAGGAACAUGGUAGAAAAGUUGAUAGCAGUAUAAAUAUGCAAGCCAGUGUAUGUGUAGAACUUCGGUGUAAGCAUUCAGCUUUCAUUGAACAAGUAGUGAGCACAGCCCUUCGACUUCAACGGGGGUUUCCGAUGCCAGUAGAAAAUGAAGAGCUGAAUGAGGAUUGAUCAUUUAUGAUCUGGAAUUGGGACUGUAGUUAAUAGCAAAGAAGACUUAGUUGACACAUUUUUAUUGAUAUUCAAUCUAACAGUCAAAAAAUGUUGCAUAGGACAUGUUGCCAUUACACGAGUAAAUGGUUCUUUAGUGGCGUUAUUAUGUGUUUUACAAAACUUUAUUAAGCAAUUAGUAUACUUGUGGCGGCACACUUGACAAGUAUUGUUGCAAAGAGUACUCUGGGCCGGUAUUCUAGAAUCUUCUAAGAGAAAAACCAAGAAUUUUUAGAGAUAGCUGUUUAAUGUACAUGAUUCUGGCAUAGUUUUGUGCAACUCUAAAUAGUAUUCUAUGCAGUGAAGUAAAUUUUUCAUUUUGAGAGCAUUAAUUGUUGAGUUUGGCACAGUUAAAUUGAUAUAAAAUUUCCAUUAAGUCAAAUUUAGUUUUAGAUUUCUCUUAGAAGAUUCUAGAAUACCAGCGCUGCAGGUAAUCACAAAAUUUAAGGUACUUAUUACAUUUAUUUAUUGCCAUCUAAAUGUGUUCCUUAGUAAAUAUUUGUAUGCCUCCCUUCAAAGAAGAGGGUUAUAUUGUUUUGCACAUGUCGGUCGUUCCAUCCACCAAAUGGUUUCCGGAUGAUAACUCAAGAGCGAUAAGGCCUAGGAUCAUGAAACUUCAUAGGUACAUUGAUCAUGAUUGGCAGAUGACCCCUAUUGAUUUUCAGGUCACUAGGUCAAAAGUCAAGGUCACGGUGACUCAAAACAGUAAAAUGGUUUCUAACGUACCAGGGGUAUUCACACAAUGGCUGCCACUACAACUGACAGCCCAUUGGGGGGGGGGGCAUAUCUGUUUGACAAACAGCCCUUGUUUAUGUUCUGUUGAAACAUUGAAAUCUAAGUAUGAUAUCAGAUACUGGAAAUUUUAAUCAUUAAAGUUUUUAACACAAAGUGAUUAUCAUUUUAACAUUAUUAGUUUCCUGAUUAUGUAAAUCCUGUAUUUAAUCUUACACACAAAUGCCGAUCUAUAUUUUUGUUAGUAAUAAUUUCUGUGAUAAUUGUGAAUAAGUAACAUGUAUAUUUACCGUUUGCAUUUAUUGCUUCAUUUGAACAAUAUAGACAGACAUUGAGCUUUUAUGGUUAUGUGCAUUUCAGUCCAAAAAGUUUGGUAAUUAUAACUUAAAAUACAGAAAGAAAUCAUGUAUAAAACUGUUCUACUUUAAGAGAUGUUAAUUUUUAUCAUGUAUUGAAUCAUUCUAGAAACACAUAUAUAUUAACAAUUUUUUAUUUACAAGUAAACAAGCAAAUCCAGUUGCAUAGAGCCGUUUAUUGUUAUUGUAACGAUUUUCAACAUACAUAUAUUGUAAUAAUAGUGUUAUUUAAAUAUGCAAUAAAUUGAAAAGAUAUUAAACAUAAAUAUCAUGUUUUUACCAGGCAUUUAGUGACUACUUGCUAUGGAUAAAGAAGGACCGAUAUUGAUAGUUGCAAAAUUGAAUAAUAGUGUCAACUUUUGACCUAGAUUAGUUGGACUAGUGUAACAUAUAUGUAUGCAUUAAGGAAGUCAUCAUAAUCAGAACUGAUGAGUACCCAACAUAAACAUUCAGAAUACCGGUACACUAUAAACACAUUGUUAUUGACCUAGUUGCUAGAAAACCAUUAAAAUGGGAUUUAGGUGAAAAAAUGUGUUUUUUUUCAUAGUAAUUAAAUACUCCAGUAAAUAUGACAUUGUCUUUCGCAUUAAAAUACAUCUUUUCAGACUAUUUUCACAAAACUUUACCAGGAAACAUCUGGUAUUUCUUAUUCAAUUUCAAGUAAAUUGAUUUUUGGAUUGAUCAAAUGUGAAAGUUUAAGCAACUGUGUUAUGUUUAAGGAUAGGUACAUAGCAUGUACUUAAUUAAAAUAUGUUGCCCAAUUCUAUCAGGGACCUAUACAUACCUGUUUGUAUAGUCCCUGUUUUUAUAAUAUACUUUAACUUGCAUGUAUAAUGUAUGCAAUAUUGAAUAAAAACAAGCAAAUAAUUUGAACAUUGUUGUGAUUAAAUUCUUUCAUGGUUCAGAGUUAAAAUGGUUCAAAUUGGCAUCUCUCAGUCAUUUAACCAGCCAUACAAUUACUACAACAACUAUAUU